AUGGCUCCGAGAAGUGCUUCAAGUGAUGCGGGCCACUAUGCCGGAGUGGCUUUUGCCACGACAUGCCCUUGCAGGACAGUGGCCGCCCCAUGGCCCCCAGAUAUCUUUGAGACAGGCCGUAUCCAAUUCGGCUCUUUCUUCACUGCCAUUUCUUGGGUCACUGGUGCUGUUGUCUACGGCUUUCCUGAAGGACGCAACCACCUCCAUGCCCAUGCCAGGACUGAGGCCAUUUUGGAUUUUGCUUUUCACAGAUUGGUCGCCCAGCCUGGUCCCAAGUUCUUUGCCGGUGAUUGGAAUUUUGCCUUGGAAUCUUUGGCUAUCACCGAGCAACUGCGAAGCAAGGGGUGGGUUGAAGUACAGGACCUUUGGUUUGCCCAAACAGGUCAGCGUCCAUUGAACACUUGCAAAGGUGCCACUCGCAAGGACUUCCUGUGGCUCUCUCCGGAGUUAGCUGUUGGAUUUCAUGCUUUGUUGGUUGACCACGAAGUUUUUGCUGAUCACUCUGUGCUGGUUGCGUCUUUUGCCUGCAAUGCUGCGCCUCUUGAACGGUUUGUGUGGCCAUGUCCUCAAGCAGUUUCUUGGCCCCAAGCAGCUGCUUUGCCAGCUGCCGUGGACUUUGCGGUGCCCUCUGACCCUACCCAGCAAUAUGCCCAACUCUGGAAGUCCAAAGAGGCCAAUGCUCAGCGUGCCAUGGGAAAGGACUGGCUUCCCUCUAUGGGAGGACGAGGUAGUCAGACAGCACCCAGACGAAUUGUUGGCAGCCAAGCUCCCAUCAAGCAGGGCCGGUCACAUGAUGUUCAACCAGGGUUCUUCGGUUUCUGUGCUCAGCAUGCCAAACAGUUCAAACAGCUCCGUCGGUUGCAGAACUACUGUCGUUGGAUUGGUCAAAGGUCUAACGGCUGUAUGACUGAUGGCUUGCAUGGAAUUGGACUUUGGAAUGCCAUCCUUCGAGCCCCUGGAUUUGGCUCAUCCUUCUCUGAGUGGUGGCUUCAUCGUGAGUAUGUGAGCCCGCUUGACCCACCUGUGGUGCCUGCCUUUUGUCCGGGUGAAGGCACUGCUAGGCAAAUCUUUGAUGCUGUCUUAGCUGAGGUCCGUCUGUUUGAACAGCGUUUGCAGCGAGCACGAGGGGCCCACCGUGUCUCUCAGCAUGACAGAGAUCGCAACCUGGUGUUCCGGGAUGUUGCCAGAUGCCCUCCUGAGCCUGUGGAAACUUUGUUGCAUCGUGUUGAUGUUGGGGUCGUCUGCGUGGACUUGGAUGAGAGUGCUGUUGAACUUGAUCGCCCGAUAUCCUUGUUGCCGGAUGAGCCACUUUGGAUUGCUGGCCAACAGUGUGAUGUGAUCCAUGCGGAACAUGACAAAGUGUGGAUUCAGGAUAUCUCGCAAGUCCAGGUUGCUGACAGGGUUGUUCAAACAAAGACCAUUGGAGACCUGCAAACCAUUUUUGAUGCCUUUCAUGAACAGUGGCAACUGAGGUGGUGUAAGCAUGACAAUGUUCCCUUCUCUCAUUGGACUGAGCUGCUGGAUUUUGCCAAGCGGGUCAUCCGACCACAUCCUGUUCCUCAUGUGUCUUUGGACUCUGUCUUGAUCCAGGCUGAAGCUGCCAGAAAGAAAAAGCGAGCCGCCACUGGACUUGAUGGCGUCAGCCGGCGCGAUAUCUUGCUGGCCGACCCAGCCACUCUAGCCAGCCUGGAAUCCAUGUAUCGCAGAGCUGAAGUAACAGGUGAGUGGCCGUCACAGCUUGUGGCGGGAAAGGUCCACUCGUUGGCCAAAACAGAAGCGGCAUCAGCCGUAGGCGAUUAUCGCCCUAUCACCAUUUUUGGACUUGCCUAUCGCAUUUGGAGCAGUGUGCAAUCCCGUCAUUUGCUGCGUGCUGCUGAGACAUGGGUGGAUGACAGUGUUUUUGGAAACCGCUGUGGGAGACAGGCAGCCAACCUCUGGAGCCAGUUGCUCCAGCUGAUCGAAGAAGCCUAUGCAACGGCUACUCCCUUGGCUGGCAUUUCAGCUGACUUGGAAAAAUGCUUCAAUUGCAUUCCCCGUUACCCUGCUUUGUGCCUUGCGGUCCUUGUUGGUACUCCCAAUCAGGUCACCACAGCCUGGAGCGGUGCCCUUGCUCAUAUGUGUCGGCAUUUCAAAGUUCGAGAAUCCUUUUCACAGGGUUUUUUGACCAGCACUGGACUUGCAGAAGGGUGUGGCUUGAGUGUCUUUGGCAUGUUGUUGGUGGACCAUCUUUUUGCCUGUUGGAUGCGGUUUCAAGCCCCUGCUGUGCAGUGCCUGACGUAUGUUGACGAUUGGCAGUCCCUGACCCGUGACCCUGAUUUUGCUGUCCGCCAGCUUGCCUUGGUUGAGCGUUUUGCCGGCAUGUUGGACUUGACUGUUGACAGGAGAAAGACGUUUGGUUGGGCAACCUGUCCUGAACUCCGGCGCUCCAUGCGUACGUGUGGGAUUCCUGUUUUCCAUCAUGCCCGGGAACUUGGGGGACACUUUGGGGUAUCCAAACAGUACACCAAUCGUACUGUUGCUCAGAGGCUGGUGGACUUAGAUGACUUUUGGACCAAACUCAAAGCUUGCAAAGCACGCCACCAUGCAAAGACCUUUCUGUUGAGGGCUGUUGCUUGGCCACGUGGACUGCAUGCCAUUGUCAGUGCCCCCAUUGGAGAUCAGAUUUGGUUGGAUUUGAGGAGGAAAGCUGUGAAAGCCAUUGGUUGGCAGAGGCCGGGAGUCAACCCGUCUGUCCUCUUGGGCCUUGUUGAGUUUUCUGUUGACCCUCAGUUUGUGGCGUUGCUUUGGACCUUGCGGUCCUUGCGACUUCACUGCCCGAUUGACUUCUGGGUGGCGUCUGUUGCCCCGUUGGCGCAUGGUGACCUUGAUCUCCCUCCCAACUCCAUGGCAUCCAUUGCUUUGCAACGGGUUCAAGCGGCUGGUUUGUCUGUUACCCGUCAAGGAAUGUUGACUGAUCGGUUUGGGUCCUUCUGUCCUCAAUCGUGCAACAAUGCAGAGAUCGAGCUCCGUCUUGCUUGGGCUUGGACUUCCGUGGUUGCCCACAAGGUGUCUCACCGUGCUGAAUUUGAUGGACUUUGGCAAGCCGACUUGGCCACCACCCGAAAAGCCUUGCUGCAGCUCUCAGCGGAUGAUCAGGCAAUGUACCGGCUUGGGCUUGCAGGUGGACUUUUCACUGAACGGUACAAAUCCAAAUGGACAGAUCAGGCAGACAAAUGCAAGUGGUGCGGCGAGGUCGACACCCUCCACCAUAGAUAUUGGUCGUGCCCACAGCAUGCUGACUUACGUGCAUCCCUUGCGCCAGACGUGCCGGCACUGUUGGAUUGGAUUCCAGCUGCCCUCUCACUUCGAGGGUGGGCGUUGUUGCCACCUACUUGGUCAGAAUGGAUUCAACUCCUUGUGGAUUUGCCAGCUGAUGCUCCUCCUCCGGCCUUUGGAUUUCCGUCUGGGUCCUGGUCCGAUGUGUUCACUGAUGGCUCCUGUCUUUUCCAGGCGUCUCCGGCGCUCCGUUGUGCUGCUUGGUCUGCUACCUUGGUGCCUCCUUUUUGUGCUGGUUGGAGUCCGGGUGAUGUGCGCGUGUUGUGUGCCUCCUACCUUCCUGGUGUGUGCCAGACUGCCUAUCGUGCUGAGCUGUAUGCGGUGGCCUAUACUUUGCAUUGGGCAGCAGUGCAGAAUGCAGCAGUUCGAAUUUGGACAGACUGCAAAGGGGUGGUCUCGAAGUUCCACCUCCUUGUGCGUGGUGGCCAGAGGCUCAACAUGAAUCGCAGCAAUGCAGACUUGUGGUCCUGGAUUCUUCAAUCUGUGGACAAGCUGGGAAGCCAUCGUGUCGAUGUGGUCAAAGUUCGAGCACACCUUCACUUGCGAAGUGCUCUCACUAAGCAUGAAGCCUGGAUGAUUUUUCAUAAUCAGUAUGCUGACAAGGCGGCGAGGCUUGCCAAUCAGAUGCGCCCCCAGUCUUUCUGGACAAUAUGGGAGAGACAUGCCAGAGCAACUGCAACAGCAGAGCUUUUGUUUCAACAAGUGAAGAGUUUACACAUUGCAAUUGGGCGGAGACAGGUGCAGGACAGUGUCAAUUUGACCGCAGAUCCUGUCGUUGCACCUGCGCGCCAGACAAGGGAGUUUGUUCCAUGGUUUGUGCUGGGAAGCUGGCGGGGAGCUAUGUUGCCUCAGGCCGCCCGACUUUUUGGCACGGAGAUUGUGCGCAAGACUAUUUCAUGGUUUUUUGCUCGGCUUGCAUUGGGUCAGGGAGCACAACCGAUUUGGGUGUCGUUCACACAAUUGUACAUCGACUUCCAAUUGACGUGGGGCCACCCUGGACCCUUGAAGAUACAGCAGCGUUGGGUUGACAGUGAUCAGCGCCCUUAUCUUGAUGCAGGCGCCAUCUCAUUCAAGCUUCGAGUUCGUUGGUUUAGACAGCUGCUUAAAAAGGUGUGGCAAGAAGCUGGAGUGCGGCUGGGCCUUGACCAAUGUCGGCCCAGUUCAACUCAGUUGCAAGCAUUUUUACCAUCGGCUGCUGUCCCAUGGGACGCUCGAGCUCUGGACGAAACUGAGCAAUGGCUGGAAGAGACGCUUACGCGUCCUUGCGUACGCAAUGCAGAUGCCCUGCUUUGUUUGCCCCUGGCGGCGCAGAACCGCAACAUGCGGAUCACAAGGGUGCGCCUCGCUCCGCUACCUGAGCAG